UUCAUAUAUAAACCCUAAUUGAAAACUCAAAGGUACACUUUUACACUCAAAUAUGACAUGACAUGGGUAAAUAUAAACCAUAUAUAUUUUUAUACACGUCAUCAUUUACCCACUAUUCAUCCAAUGAAGAUUUUUUUAAUUUACAAAUUAAUUAUAAUUAGUUAUUUUUUAAAUAUAAGUUUAGUUGACAUAUUUUUGACCCUUGGGUUGUGGGUUCUAUACUUCGAUUAUAAGAACACACUCUUGACUCUUGGUAUAUUGACCGGUUUGCACUUGCAAGUUGCAAUUAUUGUAUCUUCCCCAGUUCCCAAUCCCAUCUCAAUUUCUUCUGCCGUUAAUCCUGUGCAGUUUUUUUAAUACUCUUUCUACAUCAUCUCCUUUAAAACUUCAAUCCUCUGCAACUUCACAAAUGCCAAAUAAACUAAGUUGAUACCAAUAACAGAGCAUUGAGAAACACAAACUCAUCAUGAGACCUAAAAUCUACCUCUUUGGAGACUCCAUAACUGAAGAAUCUUUCAAUAAUGGAGGUUGGGGUUCCUUACUUACAAACCAUUUCUCUCGUACGGCUGAUAUAGUGCUAAGAGGAUUCAGUGGGUAUAACACAAGAUGGGCAGUGAAAGUAUUACAGAAGGUGUUUGAUAGGGUAGACGAAGCGGCGGCGCCAUUGGCGGUGACGGUUUUUUUUGGGGCGAAUGAUGCAUGUCUUCCUGAUCGUUAUGCUGCUUUCCAACACGUGCCUUUGGAUGAGUACAAGCAAAAUCUUCGAUGCAUUUUUUCUUUUCUUAAGAAAAGAUGGGAGCCUGCUGUUAUUGUUUUCAUCACACCUCCUCCAAUUGAUGAAGCUGGACGUUUAAACCACCCUUAUAUUGAGAAUCCAAGUGGUCUGCCUGAGAGGACAAAUGAAGCUGCUGGUACUUACGCCAAAGCUUGCAUUGAGGUUGCGAGAGGAUGUGGGACACCUGUAGUUGAUAUCUGGACCAAGAUGCAAGAGUUUUCUGAUUGGAGAAAAACCUGUCUCAGUGAUGGCCUGCACCUUGCACAAGGUGGAAACAGGAUUGUGUUCGAGGAACUUGUCAAGAAGCUGAAGGAGGUGGGAGUGAGUCUAGAAAAGCUUCCGGUUGAUCUUCCCCUCUUCUCAGACAUUAAUCCAAAAGAUCCACUCAAAACAUUCGAAAGCUGAUGCAAUUGUUUGAUGAUACUUUUUCCAUUUUGUUACAACCAUGAAUCCACGUUUGUACCUAGAGACGAGUGUGUAUAUUUGGUUAGGGGAGAUCAUUUUGGGUGCCCGCUUUGUGCCUAUCUAAUAUAUCAAUUCGUUUCGAUGUAUGGUAGGAGUUAUCUUUGGGUUAGGUUCAAGUGGCAUCAAAUUGAUCCAAGUGAACAACUCUACCUAGGGAAUGUAAUUUGUUACUGGGUGACAAUAUCAUAAAGAACUUGUAAGUAAAUGCUGUUACGAAAGAAAACGAUGCCAUCAAUGAUAAGCCCUGGUACCUAAAAAAGUAAGGGUACAUAUUGGAGUCUACUUGUGAUUACUGUAUUAUGCAUACAUUCU